UUAGACACCACCGUAUUAGGGUUUUAUAUUUGACUAUUUGACCUAACUAAGACACUAGUCAACCAUGUCUUCUUCUUCUUCAACAAGACUUGAUCUAGACGGCAACUCAAUCAAGCCGAUAACAAUCUGUAUUAUUGGCGCCGGAGGUUUCAUUGGUUCUCACCUCUGUGAGAAGCUCAUGUUACAAACACCUCACAAAGUUAUAGCUCUGGACGUUUACAAGAACAAACUAAAACACCUUCUGGAACCCGAAACCCUUCCUUGGAACAAUCGCUUUGAGUUUCAUCGUUUGAAUGUAAAAAACGAUUCCAGACUCGAAGGUCUCAUCAAAACCGCAGAUUUGGUCAUCAACCUUGCUGCAAUCUGCACUCCUGCUGAUUACAACACUCGUCCUCUUGACACGAUUUACAGUAACUUCAUUGAUGCGAUUCCAGUGGUGAAAUAUUGUUCAGAAAACAACAAGAGGCUAGUUCACUUCUCUACUUGUGAAGUGUAUGGGAAAACUAUUGGUAGUUUUCUCCCUAAAGAUAGUCCUCUUCGUCAAGAUCCUGCUUACUAUAUGCUCAAAGAAGAUGAAUCUCCGUGCAUUUUUGGUCCGAUCGAAAAGCAAAGAUGGUCAUAUGCAUGUGCUAAGCAAUUGAUUGAGAGGUUGAUUUAUGGAGAAGGUGAUGAAAAUGGGUUGGAAUUUACAAUUGUGAGACCUUUUAAUUGGAUUGGACCGAGAAUGGAUUUCAUUCCUAGUGUUGAUGGUCCAAGUGAGGGAGUUCCUAGGGUUCUUGCUUGCUUCAGCAACAAUCUUCUUCGAGGAGAGCCGUUGAAGCUUGUGGAUGGUGGUGAGUCUCAGAGGACUUAUCUUUAUAUCAAAGAUGCUAUUGAAGCAGUGUUGUUGAUGAUUGAAAACCCUGCUAGAGCUAAUGGGAAGAUAUUUAAUGUGGGUAACCCGAACAAUGAGGUUACGGUUCGGGAGCUGGCUGAAAUGAUGAUCAAGGUUUAUUCAAAGGUAAGUGGUGAUCAACCUCUUGAAACACCUACAGUUGAUGUGAGCUCGAAAGAAUUUUACGGUGAGGGAUAUGAUGAUAGUGACAAGAGAAUUCCUGACAUGACCAUCAUCAACAAGCAGCUUGGAUGGAAUCCAAAGACUUCACUUGAAGACCUGCUUGAAUCCACACUUACCUAUCAGCACAAAGACAUAUGCUGAAGCUGUCAAAAAAGUCAUUGCACAACCCAUUGCAAGUUAAAACAACAAUGGCAAUGUGCCAAGGGUAUUAGCAUAGGAUGAACUUUAUUUUUGUUUUGAUAGUUUGUUUUUAUUUGGAAUUGCAUUAGUUUUUCUUUAGAUUAAUUUGUUAUUGUCAUAACAUGGAAGAUUAUGUUUUUUCUUUGUAAUUUUUUGGUUAAGUUUUGACAGUUCAUAUUUA